GCCUUCACCACAGUAGCUUUAUGAGCUAGCUGACUAUGAUUAGCCACGUCAUGUAAAGUUAGCAGGGGAGCACUUCUGAUAACAGAAAGAAAGCAGCGAGGCGUGUGUUGGUGAUAUUAGCUCAUUUUUAAACUUUGUAUUUCACGUUAAUAACUCGUUCGUGAUCAUAUGGAAAGAUGUCAGAUAUUGGGGACUGGUUCAGAAGCAUCCCUUUCAUCACCCGGUCCUGGUUUGCUGCUUCGCUUGCAGUUCCUUUAAUUGGAAAACUGGGAUUGAUUGAUUUCAGGAACCUCAUGCUAUUUCCAGAGCUGGUCUUAAGCAGAUUUCAAUUAUGGAGACCAGUGACCGCCACCUUGUACUUCCCAAUAACCCCCAAUACUGGGUUUCUGUUUCUGGUCAACCUGUAUUUCCUCUACCACUACUCUACUCGGUUAGAGACGGGGGCGUUUGAUGGCCGACCUGCAGACUACAUCUUCAUGCUCUUCUUCAACUGGAUCUGCAUUGUUAUAACUGGGAUGCUGAUGAACAUGCGGCUGCUGAUGAUCCCACUGAUCAUGUCGGUGCUCUAUGUCUGGGCUCAGUUCAACAAAGAAACCGUGGUGUCCUUCUGGUUUGGGACUCGGUUCAAGGCACAUUAUCUACCUUGGGUCAUUCUGAUUUUCAACUUCAUAAUCGGAGGCUCGUUUGUGAAUGAACUAACGGGGAACCUGGUGGGUCACCUCUACUUCUUCCUCAUGUUCAAGUACCCCAUGGACCUGGGAGGACGCGCCUUCCUCUCCACACCAGAGUUCUUGUAUCGGUUCUUCCCCAGCAGGAGGGGAGGAGUGUCGGGCUUUGGAGUCGCCCCCAGCAGACCGGCUGCCCAGGAGCAGGGGGGAGGCGGGGGAGCCGUAAGAGGACGUCACAACUGGGGCCAAGGCUUCCGCCUGGGGGGCAUGGGUAUGGAAUGAGCAAGGAGACGGGAGAGAGGGCCACACCCCCGCAGUCCCGCCGCCCACCCGCCCCAGCCCCCAUCCCUCCCGAUAUUAAAUGGUGUGGCUGUUUCAGGUUAAAGUGCUUGCUUUGUCUAUUUUGUUUGAAUUCAAAUUUAAUUUAGAAUUGUUUUAAAGGCUCCAAGGGGGAUGAGAUUUGAUGAAGCAAGCACUUUAACUGAGAGGGCACCACACUUAAAGACUCUGGCUCAAUUAACCAAUGCAAGCCAGCUGUACUAUUACUGUGGAUGUGUCCAUGGGGAACAGAUGGAAGGGAAGAUAAAUAAAUAGAUUUCUUUUUUUUAACGUGA